AUAAAUGUAAUUUUCCAACAAUAUUGUGGUUUUCCCACCAUUAGCACCCUAAAAACAAAAAACUCGUUAUCUCGAUAAGGAAGCACUUGCGGACCCACGUAUUUUUGAAUUGACCUGAGGAACACGUAGAAAAAUGUUGUCCCUUAUUUCGACGGACACCCCGUAUAUCUCCAUCUCCCUCAUACGUGAACAUGCAACCCAUAAGGGAUGUGUCAACGUUUGUUCGGUAACCUCAAAGCCAUACGUUUAGUUGUGUGUCUGCGUAUCAAAAACUUUGUCCUUACGUAUGAGUGCCAAUCAAUCAUAUUUGUCAGAGUGACAACUUACUUUACAUCGGCGUGCAGUUCCAGUUGUAAUGUUAUCAAUCUUCAAUAUAAAAUUGUACAGUGCCCAGAAAUACGAUCAAUGGAGAAGGCCGACACUUCUUGCUAAUUUUAUUAGAGUAUUUCCAGGCAGAGAAUGAAAACAGCGGCCCCCUGUUACCCACUUCAUGCGUACUGGAGAGAGUUGCAGAUGCGCUGACUUAUCUUCAGUGCAGUGUUCUGCCCAUGGUACGGAGACUCGAUCUGUUUACUUAUUUCAUAUUUCGUUGAUGACAUAACCGCCAAGAACGGUGACUACAACUAUACUAUAGGCUAUUUAGCUACCAUCCUUACAUAAAAUAGGUUGUCAGACAAAGGCCAAAAUUACCAGUACAAUGCAAUGUCUGUGAUAUGUGGUAAGCUUAAAAUUUUAUUUCCGAUGUAUUAAGCGUGGAUUAUUCACUGAGCUAUAUAGAUUCUUUUUGUAACGAUACUUGAGAAUCUGGAAAUUCCUAUGAAUCCUACUAUUAUCUUUGAAUACUCAUGUGCUGAUGUAGAAAAAGAGGCGUGGCCUAAUUCCAUAAGGUCGUCCUAUCCCAGACACCUCGUGAACGUACGUAACCUAAAAUUCUUUUUGUCAACAGUGGGAGUGCGUUUUUAAAUACAAUUUUUAGAUGAAUAUGGAAAAUCACUAGAAUUCUGAAGAAUAAAGCAAUAUUUGUUACAAAUAUGGGUGACGACAAGUCUAAUGAAGGUGUUAAACCAAUAAAAAUGUCGAUGACUGACGAGGAAAGGAUGGCACUAGCUGCAAAGCUGGAUAAGGAACUCGAUGAAUUUAUUGAAAAACUUCCUCGAAAGAAAUACGAAGAUGGGUGGCCUGAAGAUCGUUGGGAAGAGGAAAUGGCAAGACAUCCUUUUUUCAUGAAAGAGCCCCUAAGCCAGGAGAUGAAGUUCAUCCAUUAUUUGAAGGUUUACAGAAAUUAAAAUAUGAUCCUGAAGAAAAUAAACCUGAAGGUGUGGCAUACUCAAGCUAGCUCUGAAUUAUAAGGAAGAUGGUAAUUACAAUUUCAAAUAUAAAAACUACAGACUAGCUGUUAUAGCUUAUACAGAAGGACUUAAAGUAAAAUGUGGAAAUCCCGAUAUAGAUGCGACAUUAUUGAAUAAUAGAGCUGCUGCACAUUAUUUUCUAAAAAAUUACAGGUCAGCUUUGAAGGAUUGUGAAUUAGCCCUUAAGUUAAAAACAAAUUAUGACAAAGCUAUUAAAAGAGCUGCUCAAUGUUGUUAUGAGAUGAAGCAGUACAACAAAGCAAUACAUUAUUGUGAUACAAUUCUAGAAAAUGAGAAAGAUAACAAAACAUUAUUGGAGUUUAGGAAAAAGUGUGCGAGUUUAGCAAAAGAUAUUGAGCAGAGUGAGAGGAAGAAACAGUUUUUUGCAAAGAAAAAACAAAUGGAAGAGGAUAAUUUAGUAAAAGAGAUUCUUAAAAGGGGUUAUAAACUAGAAGGAGAUGAUCUUUCUCUGGAAAAACUGGAACCAUGUUUUCCUCAGCUAAUCCAUAAUAGGGUCAACUUGGAUGAAUAUAACCAUCUAAUAUGGCCAGUUGUAUUCAUUUACCCUGAGUAUAAAAUUAUGGAUUAUAUUCAAGAAUUUCAUGAGAAUACUAUAUUCUGGGACCAGAUAUUACAAGUAUUUGAAACAUACCCUGAGUGGGAUGAGAAACAUCAGUACAAAGCUGAAAAUUUGAAUGUCUACUUUGAAACAGCUAAGAAGAAACUUGUACAAACUGAUGUUAAUUCAACAUUAAAACAAAUUUUGAAUUUGCCAGGGUAUGUUAUACGAGGAGGAACUCCAUCAUUUAUGAUCUUAGUUAGAGACAGCCCAGCAGAGAAAAGACUUUUAAAAGAAUAUGAGUCAUAGUAUAUUGAUAGGGGCACCCACAUAUUAUGAAUAAUUAUGUGCAUAUGUUUUUAUAAUUUGAAAAUAAAUAAGGUUACAGUUACUCUGUAAUUAUUUAAGAAGAAAAUUUACUAUGACCUUUAAUAUGAGCAAAAUAAGAGAAAAAAUUACAAGGAAUGACAAUUAGUCUUGCAGAAACUUGAUGAAAUGUUCCUUCUUUGGGACCGUGCCCACGAUUGUUUUGUUUAGAAAAAAACUGCGAUGGGAAUUUGAAUGGUAAUUAAUUUUUUUUGAGUAAAUCCCAUUCCUCGAUGUGGGCGCUAAAGAUGAAUAUUUUUCCAAUGGCGCUGGCUUUUUUUU